CAGAGGCACAUGGCGCAGGGUGGCGGUGGAGGCAGCAGCAAUGGAAGGCCAUACAGCACCCUAUCACAAAAUGGAACCCACCAACAGUGUAAGGAGACCUGAAAGUGGCACAUGGCAGAGUCUGGCGAUGAAGUCAGCAGCAAUGGGAGGCCGUACAGGGACCCAUGACACACUCUCUGGACCUGGCAGCAGCAAGAGGAGGCGGUACAGGGGCCCAUGGCAGAGUGGCGAAGCGUAAGCAGCUUAAAUUGAAGGCCAUACAGAGGCCUAUGUUAAAAAGUCCCCCAGCAGCAUGUGUGAGGAGACCCGAAAGUGGCACAU